GCGCGCGCGCGCGCGCGCGCGCGAAUCCUAGAAGGGCCGCGAGCGGUGGCUGUGACAGUUGCGGUCGCCGCGCGAGGACUGGCGGAGCCGUGCGCUGAGAAGGUCUGAAGGAAAGAAGCGUUGUUGCUGGGUCGGCUGCGAGCGCGAUGCAGACGCUGAAGCAGAAGCAUCGCCCCUUCUGCUUCAGCGUGAAAGGCCAAGUGAAGAUGCUGCGGCUGGCACUAACUGUGACAUCUAUGGCUUUUUUUAUCAUUGCACAAGCCCCUGAACCGUACAUUGUCAUCACUGGAUUUGAAGUCGCUGUUAUUUUCUUUUUCAUAAUUUUAUAUAUGCUGAGACUGGAUCGAUUAAUAGACUGUUUGUUUUGGCCUUUGCUUGAUAUUAUCAACUCAGUGGUAACAGCAAUAUUCAUGAUAAUCAUAUCUGUGUUGGCACUGAUACCAGAAACUACAACAUUUAUAGUCCUUGGAGGGGAUCUUAUCAACAGUUUCAUUACAACUGUGUUCCUUCUAAUAGUUGCCAUCUUGGUGAUGCAAGAAAUGGAAAGAAGGCAUUUAUUCUAUGUUGGAGGGAUAUGAGAACUGGGGUUAAAUACCUUACCCUGGGACACAAGGCUGGGACAAACUGAGACUCAAAUCUUCAUCAUAUGAAGAGCACAAGAAAUGGCAGAUUAAAUGCUUUGAAGAUGGAGGGUGGGAAGUGGGGAGGUGAGACUUUGGUUUAAGAAGUUAAGCACUGGGAACAGAAAUUAAUCCAGAAAAAAAAGUUUGAGUUCUUUCAAUUCAUCCCAUAAUCAGUAGAUAUUUGUCAGUCCCAUUGGAUUGUGCCAGGGAUAAGUCCCUUAUCCCUGUGGGAGCCCACAGAUUAGCUGAGGCAAGACAUACCUAGAAAAUGUUAAGUGACGCUGAAGAGAAACACCUAAGGUGGGCAGGAUUUAGGGAGCACCUAGAAUCUUGGGAGCUUGCUAUGGGCUGCUGGUCCCCAUCUGCUAACUCAGCCACCAAGCCUUCUCCUACCUGCCAGGGGCUCCCACACUCUGGUCUCUAUCGAUUUCUACCUGAAUAGCAGGAGCCCCCAACCACAUCUCACUGGUUUCCCUGCCUCCAGUCUGAUUCACCUCAUGGCUACUGCACGUGGGCUUUCUGACUCUGGCACCUGAACUUUCCUCUUUUUUUUUUUUUUUUUUUUUUUAAGUUUUAUUUAUUUUUGAGACAGGGAGAGACAGAGCAUGAACAGGGGAGGGUCAGAGAGAGGGAGACACAGAAUCGGAAACAGGCUCCAGGCUCUGAGCUGUCAGCACAGAGCCCGACGCGGGGCUCGAACUCACAGACCGCGAGAUCAUGACCUGAGCCGAAGUCGGCCGCUUAACCGACUGAGCCACCCAGGCGCCCCUGAACUUUCCUCUUGAUAAAGUCCCAUAUUCUACACUUGUAGCCUCAAUUCUGCCACCUCCUUCACCAGCUCCAGAGGUCUCAGGUACACUACAAUCCUUGGAGACCUCUGGCCAGUGUCUGAAGUUUUCUUCCUCCCAGUUGGUCCCCUUGGGAAUUCCUUCCUGCCCUUUACAAACAUAGCCCAGGAGUCCUUUCCACUAAGGGUCCUCCUCAGGACCCCAUCCCUGUCUGGAGCCUCCCUAAAGCCAGCAAUCUUCUCUGGUCCUUUCCUGGUGCCUCAGGCAUCAGGUGAGGUCGUUACUGGCAGCAAAAUCCCCCAUUUCCAAAAUCCUUUUCUCUGGGAAUAGCAGAACGCGCCGCAGCAGCCAGCUGGGCAGACACCAAGAAGGUAGUGC